GGUUUCGAUAUGAUGUAGAACAAUGUGUGCGCCGGCCACCGCGGCGCUUCUGCUCGCCGCGCUUUCUGCUCUGCCUUGUCGAGGAACUGACGCCGACAUAAAUUCAAAAAUAUUAAAUGAAACUGAGGAAAAUCAAGAAAUUAGAACACAACCGACUGUAAAUAGAAUCUAUCAAAUACUCUACGUGAACCCGAACUUACAUAAUCAAACUAUCAACAAUAUUAAUAACUCUAGUCUUAAUCUCAUACAUAAUUUAAACUCCGAAAUAAGCACUACAGCUACUGAUAAGAAUAUGGAAUGUUGCCAUAAUAUUGGUAUCAUUGAUAAAACAAAUAAUGUAAGUGUAUCAGACGAGGGUGCUAAUGUAGUAGUAAAAGAAAUAAGGUUAAAACAAAAGAGAAAUAGGAAUAGGCGGGUUGUGAACGUUAUACGGACAGAUGAGGUCACUGUGAGUGACGUUAGGUUAGUUUCAACUGUAACAGUGCCAAGUUUAGCACCGUUUUCUGAGAAGAGACGCAAGCCUGGAGAGACUGGAUCGAGUGCGCCGCUAUUGAAUUAUAUAUUUGACACGUACUCUAACACACAUCAGCACAGAAAUCAUAAGGCUGGAAAUGGUAACAGUAUAUACGCAGCCGCUGCUCCAGAAAUAGAAGCCUUGGUUGGGUCCACGGCACACCUCGAUUGCAAAGUUGACGCACUCCACGAUAAACUGGUAUCAUGGGUGCGGCGGAAAAACGACGAGGAGCCGAUGGAUCUUUUAACCACCGGCACUCAGCAGUAUACAGCUGACGACCGGUACUCCGCCCGUUUUAUUCCACCAGAUAUAUGGAGAUUAGAGAUUAAAGAGGUCAGGCCUACUGAUGCAGCUCAUUACGACUGCCAACUGUCUGCCCAUCCGCCCCGCACUGCAAGGGUUACUCUACUUGUACCUGAAGUGUCAGUGCGUGUGGUCGACGGCGCCGGAGCAGAAGUGUCUGAGCAAGUUUGCGAAGUUGGAAGCACUGUGGCGCUUCGCUGUGAAGUCAGAGGACUACGUAUGGAAGGCGGCCCAUCGCUUCUGUGGUAUCGCAGAGAAGCGUUGCUGAAUGACGAUACUACGAGGGGAGGCAUUAGUGUUCGUACGGAGUUCGGCGCAAAUGGCGCCAAUUCGGUACUGCGAGUUGCGCGCGUGCGUAAUGACGAUGCAGGGAGAUAUACGUGCAGUGUUGCGCGCGCACCGCCACCAUCCCCGCCGCCUGCGCACGUCGUCUUACACGUGAUUAAAGGCGAGAGUCUGGCGGAACUACACCAGGGAGGCUCACAAACAAUGUCUGUGCAUAUGUACCUCGCCAUCAUUCCGGCGCUGUGCGCUGUUUUACACUGUACCAUUCAAUUUAUUAAUCAAUAA